AUGGGCCCACUGGAGCCGCGCUACCGUCCAGCCGGCGUUCCUGUGGACACAACUAAGAGAAGGGCCUCCAAAAGCAAUAGUUUCAAAGAUGUCGAAAAUUUUGAAGUUCUUGUCCUUGAAAAGAGCUGUGGUUGCAAGUUCAAAUCUUUGAGGAUCUUGAUCGUAGCUAUCAUGUCUGCGACAGUUCUUACCCUUGUGACUCCAACCUUAUAUGAGCACCAAUUGCAGUCAGCCUCCCGGUAUGUGGAUGUUGGUUGGAUGUGGGACAAAACAAGUUCUGAUCCACGAUAUGUAUCUUCUGUUGAUGUUCGGUGGGAGGAUGUAUAUAAAGCACUGGGAAAUCUAAGAAGUGGUAAUCAAUAUCUCAAAGUUGGACUCUUGAAUUUUAAUAGCACUGAGUAUGGCUCUUGGACACAAUUGCUCUCAGACAGCCAUGUUUCCAUUAUAAGACUUGAGCAUGCCAAGGACAGCAUUACUUGGCAAACACUGUAUCCUGAAUGGAUCGAUGAGGAGGAAGAAACAGAGAUACCCUCUUGCCCAUCACUUCCAGAACCUAAUGUACGAAGAGGUGUACGCUUUGAUGUCAUUGCUGUAAAGCUUCCUUGUACCCGUGUGGCAGGUUGGUCAAGAGAUGUUGCACGGCUCCAUUUGCAGCUCUCAGCAGCAAAAUUGACUGUGACAUCUUCGAAGCGCAACCACAAGGUCCAUGUUCUUUUUGUAACUCACUGCUUUCCAAUUCCGAAUCUCUUCCCUUGCAAGAACCUUGUGAGACAUGAAGGCAAUGCUUGGUUAUAUAGUCCUGACUCAAAAGCAUUAAGGGAAAAGCUCAGGCUUCCAGUCGGAUCCUGUGAGCUUGCUGUUCCGCUCAAAGCAAAAUCGAGACUUUUCUCAGUAGAUCGACGAAGAGAAGCAUAUGCAACAAUACUGCAUUCAGCGAGUGAAUAUGUCUGCGGUGCUAUUACAGCAGCUCAAAGCAUUCGCCAAGCAGGAUCAACCAGGGACCUAGUCAUCCUUGUUGAUGAGACCAUAAGCGAUCACCACCGGAGAGGCUUGGAAGCUGCAGGGUGGAAGGUCAGAAUAAUCCAAAGAAUCAGGAACCCGAAAGCAGAGCGUGAUGCAUACAACGAGUGGAACUACAGCAAGUUCAGGCUGUGGCAGCUGACUGACUACGACAAGAUCAUCUUCAUAGAUGCCGACCUCCUCAUCCUGAGGAAUGUUGACUUCCUGUUCGCCAUGCCAGAGAUCACUGCAACUGGCAACAAUGCGACGCUCUUCAACUCUGGUGUCAUGGUCAUAGAGCCUUCCAACUGCACAUUCCAGCUGCUGAUGGACCACAUCUACGAGAUAACUUCAUACAAUGGCGGGGACCAGGGAUACCUGAAUGAGAUAUUCACCUGGUGGCACCGCAUCCCGAAGCACAUGAACUUUCUGAAGCACUUCUGGGAGGGCGACAGCGAGGCCAUGAAGGCGAAGAAGACUCAGCUAUUUGGCGCAGACCCACCAAUCCUCUAUGUUCUCCACUACCUUGGCCUGAAGCCAUGGCUGUGCUUCAAAGACUAUGACUGCAACUGGAACAACGCUGGAAUGCGCGAAUUUGCAAGCGAUGUUGCACAUGCCCGGUGGUGGAAGGUGCAUGACAAGAUGCCCCGGAAGCUCCAGUCCUACUGCCUGCUGAGGUCACGGCAGAAGGCCAGCCUGGAGUGGGACCGGAGGCAGGCCGAGAAGGCCAAUUCUGAAGAUGGCCAUUGGCGCCGCAACAUCACGGACACCAGGCUGAAGACAUGCUUUGAGAAGUUCUGCUUCUGGGAGAGCAUGCUCUGGCAUUGGGGCGAGAACAAUAACAGGACGAAGAGCAUCCCCAUGGCAGUGAAGACGGCGAGCUUGGCAAGCUCAUGA